AUGGCGGAUACGUUUUUCUCACUUCAUUGCGAUGGCCUUGAUGGGCCGGUGUAUAUUAGCGAAACGGUUGACCGUGCAAACAAUCCGAGUUUCCAGUCAUUCGACUUGAAUCUAUGUGGCCCACAUGUCUCUCGAAUGGAUGAGUUGACUCUGAGGGUCUGGACAAAGAUUGGCGACGUUACCGAGUUUAUUCUACUAGUUGAACUGCAUCUGCAUUUGCGAUCACUUCAGUUCUUGGGGAGGACAUUGGAGAGCUUCCACCAACCUCUUCCUGCGAACUCGAUCCUUUUCCACUUCCCAGACGGAGUGUAUUGCAACCUUACUGACCUUCCACCGGUCGAAACAUCGCUCCAAGCCGCAGGACAGAAGGUCACUGCAGACGGUACCGUCUUGCCAUCCUCGUCGUAUGACGCGUUGAUGAAAUUGGCCAAUUUGGACGAAUGUGUACAGGAUGCAUUGGCUACCAGGGAGAAAUUGGAAGCUCAGAUUGGCUCCAUUCUACGGCAGAAUGAGCGCUUACUGAAUGUAGCAAGCGAUGCAGCUGCGGCACAGGAAAAGCUUGCUCUUACCAAGCAGUAUGUCGCCACGGAGCGCAAACGCGUCCGCACCGCUGUCAGGCGCAAAGAGGAGCUCAUUGCCAGUAUCAAAGCUCGUCAAGAAGCCAUGGAACAAGGUCGUAGUGCUCAGGAAAAGACACGCAGUCAUCUUCCCGAGGCUCAGGAGAGGUUAGUUUCCAGCGAGCAAUUGCUUGGGCAAAACGAGGAGGACACCAAAGGUCAGCUCCGACGUAUUGCUGAAGACCUUCUCGCGAUCUACCCUAUUGAACCCAUCCCCGAUCAACCCCUGGUAUUCACCAUCGCCGGGCUAGCCCUUCCAAACUCGGACUUCGAGGGUAUCGACCGUGAGGUAGUCGCAGCGGCAUUGGGACACACAGCUCACUUGGUCUAUCUGCUCUCAUUCUACCUGUCGGUGCAUCUCCCAUACUCGAUCAACGCGAACGGGUCAACAUCGUUCAUACAGGACCCCAUCUCCGCAUCACUCCCACAGCGCACCUACCCGCUCUACCCAGUAAGUGUGCAGUACCGGUUCGAGUACGCAGUCUUCCUCCUCAACAAAGACAUUGAAUACAUCCUCAUCAAACAAGGAUUACGCGUCUUGGAUAUCCGACACACCCUUCCCAACCUCAAGUACCUCCUUUAUGUUCUUACAUCUGGUGACUCGGUGAUCCCCGCCCGUAAAGUUGGUGGUGUCCGAGCUCUUGUUGCUGGGUUAUCCACUCCCAAUCUAUCACGACGUGGUAGUGUGGACAGUGGUGCAUCUGGUGAGCUGGUGCAGCCACGCAAAGCUUGGGAGUCAAUGUCCCGAAUGAACGUCAGCCUCGCCUCACAUAAGGUGAAAUAG